CCAGGCGCUGCGUCAGUUCCGGGACUAGGGCCGGCCCGCAUCAGGGCUAGGGCAGUAAAGCGACGCGCCGCGGUUCCCAGCCGGCUGCUUUUUGGCGCGGAGUCUUCAGCAUGGCUGCCUCCAGGGUCGAGGGCCCCGGAGCUGCCACACCCUCGUGUUGUUGACUGCCCCUGGCGUCUGCGCUCUUCUUGUCUUUCCUGAGCUGCUCCAGCAGACAUGUUCGCUAAGGCCUUUCGGGUCAGGUCCAACACCGCCAUCAAGGGAUCUGACAGGAGGAAACUUCGGGCUGAUGUGACAGCUGCCUUCCCCACCCUCGGAACAGAUCAGAUCUCUGAAUUAAUACCUGGAAAGGAGGAGCUAAACGUUGUGAAGUUGUAUGCUCACAAAGGGGAUGCGGUGACUGUGUACUCGAGUGGUGGUAACCCCAUCCUAUUUGACCUGGAGAAAAAUUUGUAUCCAACAGUGUACACACUGUGGUCCUAUCCGGAUCUUCUACCGGCCUUUAUAACAUGGCCCAUGGUACUCGAAAAACUGGUCGGGGGAGCAGAUUUGAUGCUGCCAGGGGUAGUAGUGCCCCCUACUGGUCUGCCUCAAGUACAGCAAGGCGACCUCUGUGCCAUUGCUUUGGUGGGGAACAGAGCGCCCGUUGCAGUUGGAGUGGCUGCCAUGUCCACAGCUCAGAUGCUGGCUUCAGGCCUGAAAGGAAAAGGCAUCUCUGUGCUCCACACUUAUCAGGACCACUUGUGGAGAUCUGGAGACAAGUCCUCUCCACCUGCCAUUGCCCCACUGGAUCCCACAGAUAGCUGCGAAGAGAAGGUAGACCUUGGUUUGCACGGAAACCUGAGGAGCCUGACCCUGGAGGGAGAGGAGAAUGGGCAGGUUCCUCCCCCAGAAGCCUCUGAGGACACCAACUCCAGGGCCCUGAGCCAGGAUGCCUUGGACGGCAAGCCCCUUCAGGAGCAAAUGGAUGAACUGUUACAGCAGUGCUUCCUGCAUGCCUUGAAGAGUCGCAUCAAGAAAGCUGACCUCCCUUUGCUCACCAGCACCCUCCUUGGCAGUCACAUGUUCUCCUGCUGUCCUGAAGGACAACAACUGGAUAUAAAGAAAUCAAGCUAUAAAAAGCUCUCUAAGUUCCUGCAGCACAUGCAGCAGGAGCAGAUUGUCCAGGUCAAGGAGCUGAGCAAAGGGGUGGAGAGCAUUGUGGCUGUGGACUGGAGGCACCCGAGGAUCACAUCUUUCGUCAUCCCCGAACCUUCCCUGACUUCCCAGACUGUCCAGGAAGGUAGCAGGGAACAGCCCUAUGUCCCUCCAGAUAUAAAACCCCUCUACUGUGUCCCAGCCAGCAUGACCCAGCUCUUCCUGGAGUCUGGCCACAAGAAGGGGAGCGCCCUUGAGGGCAGUGAGGUCCGAAGGAUCGUCACUGAGUAUGCCAAGAGAAACAGCCUGGUGGAUGCAGACAACAGAAAUCUGGUGAAGUUGGAUCCUAUCUUAUGUGACUGCAUCUUAGAGAAAAAUGAACAGCACUUGGUCACAAAGCUCCCGUGGGACUGUCUCCUGACCAGGUGUUUGAAAAAUCUGCAGCCUGCCUACCAAGUGACAUUUCCUGGCCAGGAACCCAUUCUAAAGAAAGGGAAACUCAGUCCAAUUGAUAUUACCCUUGCACAGAAGGCUUGUAAUAAAAAGGUGACUGUGAUCCGGAACUUGGAGACCUAUGGUCUAGAUCCAUGCUCAGUGGCCGCCAUUCUCCAGCAGCGGUGUCAGGCCAGCACCAUUGUCUCUCCUGCCCCUGGAGCCAGAGACAGUCUGCAGGUGCAGGUCCAGGGAAACCAAAUCCACCACCUUGGCCAGCUCCUGCUCGAAGAGUAUCGGCUCCCUGGAAAAUACAUCCAAGGCCUAGAAAAGGCCCCCAAACCUGGCAAGAAGUGACAGACUCAUUUUAUGCAGUGGAUCCCAUGGGAACCCAGGUUCUAAGCUGGUAACUGAUAUGAGCAUUUUCAACUUUUGCAAAUAAAAACUGUAAUUCUUUACUGAAA